AUGCUGGGAUCAACCAUCUCCCGCCAGCUCUCGACUCCCGUGCGGCGGUGGGCGUCCACAGCCACAGCAUCCUCACCCUCAUCUGCAUCCGGCCUCCGAAUCAAUUCGGAUCGCCUGCUAGAGACUCUACAUCGCACCUGCCGAUGGGGCGCCGCCCAUCGCUAUGGCGACGAUCCGACGGAGACGGGCAUGGCGCGUCUGUGCCUGACCGACGACGAUGCCAAAGUACGGCGCUGGCUCAUCCAGGAGGCGGAGAAGCUGGGAUGCACGACCACGAUCGAUCAGAUGGGGAACCUGUUCGCCCGGCAGCCUGGCUCCUUUCGGUCGCCGGCACCCAUGAUAGCCAUGGGAAGUCACCUCGACACCCAGCCUCGGGGCGGGCGCUACGACGGCAUCCUGGGCGUGGUCGCCGGCCUUGAGGUCCUGCGCACGAUGCAGGAACGUGGCUUCCGCACGCUCUACGAUAUCGGGCUGGUGAACUGGACCAAUGAGGAGGGCGCCCGGUUCCCCAAGUCGAUGUGCUCGUCGGGAGUCUGGGCUGGAGCGACCCCCAUUGAGGAGGCCUGGGGACUAACCGACAUCUUCAAUCCCACCGUUACCCUCCGAUCCGAACUCGAGCGGCAUGGCUUCCUCGGCUCGGUCGCCUGUUCGAGUGAUCCCGCCAUGGGAUACCCACUGGGCGCACACUUCGAGUUGCACAUCGAGCAGGGUCCCAUUCUGGAGGAAGCCCGCAAGUCGAUCGGUGUCGUGUGCGGGGCCCAGGGAUACCGGUGGCUCACCAUCACAGUGACGGGUCGCGAUGCCCAUACGGGCACGACGCCACUCGCCGCGCGCCGGGAUCCUGUGCUGGCAGCGUCUAAGAUGAUCGUCGCCUCCAACGCGGUGGCAAAGAAGUACAGUGCACUCGCCUCCACCGGGGUGAUGAAACUGCCGCGUACCUCGUCGACCAACACCGUGGCCUCGGAGGUGACCUUCACGCUGGACAUCCGGCAUCUGCAGGAUCGCGUCGUGCGUGCGGUGCAGGACGAAUGCCUGGAGACGUUUGCGGCCAUCGCCCGCGAGGAUGGCCGGGGCGUCUCGCUGGACUGGACGCUAGACACCGACUCCGCGGCGGUGGAGUUUGAUGCGCACUGUAUCGCGGCGGUCCAGGACGCGGCCACACACCUGGUGGGCGCAGAGCAGUGGAUGAAGUUGACUAGCGGAGCAGGCCACGACAGCGUCCACACCAGCCAGCACUGCCCGACGGCCAUGAUCUUUGUGCCUUGCAAGGAGGGGGUGAGCCAUCACCCGCAGGAGUAUUGCAGUCCCGCGGACUGUACCCUAGGUGCCCAAACCCUGCUCGAGUCUGUGGUCAAUUACGACCGGAGGAGAGCAGAAAUGGAACAGUGA